ACACACACUCACAUACUAGUAGCCACAUUUUCACAGCCUGCUCCUCAGACUGACAGCAGCAAACGGAGUUGAGAGCCAGCACGACAGAGCGAGGGAGGAAGAGAAAGAGGAUUGGAAACAAGGGAGGCAUCCACAGAGGCCAUAGAGGAGAGGAACAAGAGAGGAUUUGCCCCUUUUUUCUCUUUAAGCUUUCUGGGAGCCAUAAAAGGAAUCUCCCCUAUACUCCUUCUUGAACUGAACUUGCUCUGCACCCUGCCAUGACAGCCCCGGAGGGACAUGGGAACACCGUCUCCCUCUCAUCUUGUUCCUCUCAUCGUUGGACUAUCCUCCUCUGGGCUCUUUUGACUCUUUUAAGCCAGGUCUGGGGCUUUAACCUGGAUACUACUCACACACUGCAUAAGUUUGGGGACAAUGGCACCUUUUUUGGUUUCUCUCUUGCACUUCACCAACAGCUUACCCCAGAGCCUCAGAGCUGGAUCCUGGUGGGGGCACCACAGGCGGCAGGGCAGGGCUUGUUGCGGGGCAGUCGGCCAGGAGCCCUGUUCAGGUGUCCAAUCACACCAGAGGAGUACGACUGUGAAAGGGUGGAUAUCGAUGGAGAGGUGAGUCUGGACAGAGAGAGCAAAGACAACCAGUGGCUGGGAGUGACUGUAAAGAGCCAGGGAAUUGGAGGAAAGGUGGUGACCUGUGCUCACCUCUAUGAGCUCAGGCAACGUGUAAGCCAAACCUCAGAGACUCGUGACCCCAUCGGACGCUGCUACGUCCUGAGUGAAGACCUGACAGAGCGAGAUGACUUGGAUGGAGGGGAGUGGAAGUUCUGCGAGGGUCGGCCGCAGGGACAUGAGCAGUUUGGCUUCUGCCAGCAGGGCCUGUCUGUCAGUUUCACCCCAGACAACAACUUUAUUCUGUUCGGGGCUCCGGGAACAUACAACUGGAAAGGUGAGAUGCGUGUCCAGCUCCUAAACCAGACUCUGCUUGACCUCGGUUUCUAUGACGAUGGACCCUACGAGGUGGCAGAUCAGAAACAGCUUAAUGCCCAGCUCAUCCCUCUGCCCUACCACAGUUACCUGGGGUUCUCUGUGGACUCCGCCAUGGGGAUAAUGAGCCCCAGGGAGCUGACCUUCGUGGCGGGGGCACCCAGGGCCAAUCACACAGGGGCUGUGGUGCUCCUGCGGAAGGACAACGUGUACCGGCUGGUGCCGCAGUACAUUUUCUGGGGGGAGGAAUUGGCAUCUUCGUUUGGGUACUCGGUAGCUACCACGGAUCUCAACAAGGACGGCUGGACCGACCUGAUCGUGGGAGCUCCUAACUUUUUUGACCGUAAGGCAGAGAUCGGUGGAGCUGUGUAUGUGUACCUGAACCCGUUUGGUCACUGGGAUGAUCAGGCCCGGCCCAUCCGUCUCAAUGGGACAUAUGACUCCAUGUUUGGAAUGACAGUCAGCAACAUAGGAGAUUUGGAUCAGGAUGGAUACGGAGAUAUUGCUGUGGGAGCACCCUUUGAUGGAGACGGCAAAGUUUUCAUCUACAGAGGCUCAGAUGCUGGAAUUGAAACAAAACCUGCUCAGGUGCUGGAUGGUCGUGACUUUGACGUGAAACAUUUCGGAUACUCCAUCUCAGGUGGUUUGGAUAUUGAUAACAACCACUAUCCAGACAUUGCAGUGGGCUCUCUUAAUGAUUCAGUGGUUCUCUUCAGGUCUCGUCCAGUCAUCCAUGUGAUCAGGGAAAUAUCUAUUGACCCACAAUACAUUGAUCUGGAGCAGUACAACUGUAAAGGCAGAGAUGGAGUCUGCGUGGAGGUCAAGGCCUGCUUCAUCUUCACAGCCCACCCAAAACACUACUCACCACACAUAACCCUAAUGGUGCUCUUUGAAGCUGACACCGAGCGCAGGAAGCUUGGCCUACCGCAUCGUGUUAAUUUCCUGGGCCGCAGUGCCCUGGAGCCGGAGUACACUCAGACAGAAGAAGUGGAGCUGCAUAACCAGUUUCACCCUGCGUGCACCACUGCUGUCUUCCAGCUCCAUGAGAACAUCCGUGACAAACUGCGUCCCAUCUCACUGGCGAUAACCCACACUAUCAAGCCGGUGCCACCACGCAGACACUCAGGUGCCAAGAAGCUGGAGAAGCUGGCGCCUGUACUGAGUGUUUCUCCUUCUAAUACGCUGUACUCUGAGGUGAAUUUCCUGCGGGAAGGAUGUGGCAACGACAAAAUCUGCCAGAGCAACCUGAAGCUGAGCUACCAGUUUGGAACGCGACCCCUGACCUCUGACCUCUUCACUCCUCUGCCAAAAGAUGAGGAUGAUGUGCAGGUCUUCUCCCUGUCUGACCAGCGGAUGGUGGUGCUGGAGAUCACUGUCACCAACAUGCCCUCUGACCCACUGUACCCUGAGGAGGAUGGAGAUGACGCCCAUGCUGCUCAGUUGCUCAUCUCCCUUCCAAACACACUGUCGUACGCCGGCUCCAGGAUCCCACCACAGAUGCAGUGUCAAGCGAACCAGAAUGGCUCCCAAGUUGAAUGUGACCUGGGAAACCCUGUGAAAAGAGAUACUAAGCUUAAAUUCUCUAUCAACUUGAGCACAUCUAACAUUACGAUCGAGACCACUGAGCUGACAGCAGAGCUCUUAUUGACUACUAUCAGUGAACAGCUUGAUCUGGCCCCAGUCACAGCAUUUGCUAAGGUUGUGAUAGAGCUCCCUCUGUCUGUCAGCGGGCUUGCACGUCCUCACCAGCUGUUCUUUAGCGGAAAGGUGAAGGGAGAGAGUGCCAUGACCAGUCUGGAGGACAUCGGCAGCCCUGUGGAUUUUGAGUUUGUGGUGGCUAAUCCAGGUCAAGUUCUGCAGACGCUCGGCUCGGCCUUCCUCAACAUCAUGUGGCCUUACGAGCUGGACAAUGGGAAAUGGCUCCUUUACCCUGUCAGCCUGAGGUUUGAAGGUCACCCAGGCACAGUCUGCACUCCCACAGGGGCCUUGAAUCCUCUGAAGCUACACAGCUCCUUAUUUGCAGAGCUUCCACAGCCUGUCAAUCACAUGGCUGGACGGAGGCGCCGCUCCCACCCAGAGGACGAAGGUCAAGUGAUGACAAAAGGCAGCAUGGGACAAACCACCCCAGCUGUGGCAGCUUCAGAAAGACGCAAGUCACUCAAACUGGAUUGUCUCUUGGGGUCGGCACGCUGUUUGCUCUUCCAGUGUCCCCUCCACAGCUUCUCUGGUCAGGCCGUCCUCAAGAUCCAUGCCGCACUGUGGAACAGCAGUUUCAUAGAGGAGUUCCCAACAGUCAGUGCUCUGGAGCUGCUAGUCAGAGCAAACAUUACUGUGAAGUCCGGCAUCAAACAUCUGAUCCUCAAGGAUGCUGCUGCACAGGUUCCAGUGAUGAUCUAUCCUGAGCCUGGUCUGACUGACCAGUACUGGAUCCCCUGGUGGAUCAUCCUCAUAGCCAUCCUGGCAGGCAUCUUCCUGCUGACUCUGCUGGUCGGCGUACUGUGGAAGUGUGGCUUCUUCCGACGGGCCCACUACAAAGACAAAUUGCCUCAGCACCACGCGGUGAAGAUCCCUCGUGAGGACCGGCCACAGUUCCAAACUGAGAAGUCAGGAGUUGUACAUAAAAAGGAAUGGGCUACGCACUGGAGCGAUGGGACCUCGUAACUGGCCUCUGAGGCACUGACUGACUGAAUUAAAUCAAAUCACCAUGUGUGGCACUCAUUCUGUCUUUGCAUUGGAACUAACUGACUAAAAAAAAAGUGCACAUAGACUGAGAUCAUGAAAUCUUGUGCACACUGACUAUACUGAGUCAGUACUUGCGUAUUGGUGGCCUGUUACACUGACUGGAUCUAUACUCUCCCAUACUGUAGCCCACUGAUGGCUGGCCCUGGAUAGUCUAUUUAUAAUAAGCAUCUAUAUAUAUAUCAGUGUUUUACAGUAAAUACUGAAGACCCACAACAAUAUUAGAACCAGCCUAGCUGCUCGAUAUCUUUCACAGCCUGCAGGAGGAGCAAUGAUGCUCACAUGGACUUAACGGACAAUGGAGAAUAGAGGAUCACACAACUCAUUUAGACACUCGAAGACAUGCAUGAAUGCACAAACAUACCAUAUUAUAUUAGAUGCAUACAGACACACUGGACAUUGUUGAUGAAGAAGCCACUGCCCAUAACAAAGACUACUUUUGCCUUAACUACUGUAAGAUUGACGACUGAUAUGGGCAAUGAAAAGGUGCAUUUUUUUUUAUAUGAAUGGUGUUUUGGGGUUUUCUUUUAGUUAGCACUGGUAAACAUUGGGAAAAUGUUAGUAUGUAAGAUAUCAGUCAAGUAAGAUGAACAUUAAAUGUAUUGUUUUAUGGACUUGCUGUCGAUGGAUUUUGUAUAAUCCAUAUUCAAGAAGAGGAAUACCUUCUGUUCAGUUUGUGUCAAAAUAUUUUUUUAAAUUUUUUUGUCAAUAUGUCAGUCAAAUGUACUGUACAUCAAUAGUUAAUUGCCUGAGCCAACUUGAAUAAGAACAAGGAAACCACAAUACAGCCUAUGACAGCCAUGGCCACGGCACUGUCGUCGCAUGGAAACCAAAUGUGUCAGAAAAAGCAAAGCAAUAUUUAAAAUGUGGUCCAUGUAGUCUUUAAAAUUUCAGAACCAAACUUUGAUUUCUGAAUGGAUGUCCUGGCUCAUGAGGGCGCAACAUUUUCCCAGUGUAUAAAAGGAUUAUUCGUAAAAAUGCAUGUAUGAAAAUGUGUCUAAAAUUAAAACCUUUAUUACAAUAUAUGACAUGAUUAGACAGCUAAAGUUUGAGGUUUUCAAGCAUUUUUUUUACUCAGUUGUACAGUAAAAAUAUUCACCAGGAGACAUCAUGACAUUUGAAUAAAUACUAUAGUUUUAAAAGCAUUUAGUCGGAUUAUGUUAACCUGCUUGUCGCACUGUUCCUGAUAAUGUACAUUAUCAUUAUCGGACAGAUUGUACAUUAUUUUCAACACUGACAUUUCUAAUUGCAUUUAAGUGCCUUAUGCAUACAAGUGCAGCAGCAGAUUGUGAGCUACUGAACACAAGACAACUUGCAAAUUAGAUCAUGCUGCCCUGAAGCAUCUGGUGGAAAUUUGUGGAAAAACAUUCAUCCCUUCAACACUGAAACAACAUCAUGACAGGAAAGGAGAUUUUUAGAAGAUCAGAAUAUGUUGGCAAGGAGCCAGACAAACUUUUUUUUUUUUUUUAAAUGUAAUUGGGGUCUAUGAAGUGGCUGUAAAGCAUGAAGAGUCAGCUUGUUUUUUUUAGGUAUUGCUGGACAAUCUUGUAUUAGCUGCAUGAAGCUCUUGUUGCUGUUCUGACGUUCCCCUCUUUUUCAUUGUCAUGAUUCAGUGUUUUAUUUAUUUUUUGUUUGGCUGCACUGUUUUAACAUUGUAAAUAAAAUAAAAGGAAACAAAAUAAAACCCAUCAGAUAACUUAAAUUGUGUCAGUUUUCAGUGGCCAGUAAUCAGUGAGCCCACAGUCAUUUUUAUUUCUUAAACCUGCACUUCACUCAGAGGAAACUAGAGGGAGACAAAACUCUAAAAACUGAAAUACUGCAGGACUGUUCAGAAUUUUUUUUGUAAAAACAGCAACUGCCUAUGUGAUACACAAGAUAAUUUAACAGUGAUGCAGUAUGUAAAUAUCGCCCUUUAUAAGUAUAAAAAAAACAAAAACGAAAUUACAAGAUGAUAACAGUGGUUUUAUGGAAUAAAUUUGCAUUAUUUUAUUCCUAAUUUCCAUGAAAAUGUUGCCUGUGACCUUGAGUGUAUAGUGUAUCUAUCAUCAUGAAGAGAUACAUAUUACCCCACAAGGACAGAGACUAGUGGUAAAUAAAUUAAAGUGCUUUAAUAAAGUGUUUGCUUUUUAAAUGUACAUUCUCUUGAUAAAGAA